CAACAUUUUUCCGGAGGCUUAUUUGAAUGCAGAGUGUAUCCUUUUGGUGUGGGAUGUUUCGUGUGUGGAUCGUACGGUGGGAUUUGACAGGGGGCGGCCAGGCUUACGGUGGCAAGCACACCACGUUCCGUUUGUUGGCAGCACUUCCGCCAUCCACCCCCCCACACACACACAUGCUUUCACUCUCACACCCACUCCCUGGCUGCAUCCCUGCAUGCACCAGGCCAUACUAACCCACAACGCUCAGUCACGUAGAAGGGGCUUUGGAUUAGUGCGCCGCUUUUAGGCAGAGCCGACCUGGGCUCUUUCGCCGUUUGACGCGACAAAGUUGAAAUGUAAUAUCUGUUCUCAAGUUCUGCGUCCACAAAGAGAGGCCUCCCUCUUGGCAUGCACACACGCACUGAAACCCCCUCUGUGGUGUGCAAAGGUAAUAGCUGUUAGGUGACUCAGCAAAUGAGCAGUGUCUUGGAACUUUUAAGAAAAGCCACUCUCUAGUCGGCUGCCCUCUGAGUGUGUUUGUGUGAGACACAGUGACUUCAGCUCCAGUGAGGUAUGCAUGGCUAAAGCCCUCUCAGCACACACAUCCCACUGGCACCACCACACACACUUCCCUAAAGGUACAAUAAAUAAUCAAGACAUCGCCCAGGGCAGUUCCAGGCCCAGUCACACACCUGCACACUCACACUCUUUGUUUUUUUUCUCUCUUUACUUUCUCAUACCCAAGUGCAGCAAUACAGCACCCACUAUAUGCAUGCUCAAAGAUUUCCUCCGCCUCCUCCUGCUCUCAAACACACCAUUAAAUGUCUCACAUGGGAACGGUGAACUCCCAGAACUCUUAUUCGGGAAUGGCCAUAAAUUAUCUAUUCCCCUCUAGUUUGCUGAAAACUCUCCAGUCAAUUCCUGUUGGACUUUUUAGCCUUCAAUUAUUAAAGGAGUCAAAGUGGUAAAAGUGUAAAAAUAACAGGCUGGUGUUUAAUGGGUACAUUUUUUAGAUAAAUGCUGUUGGUCCUGGGAGUGGCAGUGUGUGGCUGUUUAGAAACUUGUGUUGCUGAUGUUUUUUUAUGCUGGCUACAAGUGAUGUUUAUAUCCUGAAAUUGAUGAAAACGCAAGAGGUGACUGACACUGAUGAGGUAGAUUAUUUGAUUUAUUCAUAACCAGAAAUGACUUCAGUGAGGAUCUUUUUCUCUGCCUCUCAAGAUGGUUCAUAAGGGAUUUUGAUGGACCUGCAAAGCAUAACAGGCUCCUCUUCCCUCUGCCUCAGCAGAGGGAAAUACUCCACUGGCAGCAUUGUUUAGGUUUCUCUCCUCUACUCUCCUCCAGCACUUGACUUUACUCUGAUUUGAGGAAGAGAGGGAGAGGGAGAGAGAGAGAAGAGGUGGGGUGGAGGAGUGGUGAUUGAGCGCAAAGGGGGCAGGACUUUUUCUCUCCGGGUCCUAUUAAGAGCAAACUUUGUGUUUUUGUUCUCCAAGUUCAGCUCAGUGCAAAUCAGCCUGCACACAGUUCCUCUCUGCUGCUCUUUUUCUUUUCCGUUUUUUCCUCAAUGGUUUUGUUUGCUCGUCUGUUGGUUACUGCUGUGUGUUUUUUCAUGGGGGAUUUGGACACCGGGAGGAUGCGCUUUUUGGAGGAACAAAUACUCAAAGUUGUCUCUUCGGCCAGUCCAGGGUUGUAUUAGUGGAUACCUGUUUUUCGGGUUGGAAUAAACAAUGGUGCGGCUCCUUGGUGCUCUGGCCGAGGGCAUGCUCUGGUUUCGGCUACUGUUGCUGUGCGUCGUGGAGUUGGAGCUGGGAGCCGGGCUUUCUUCUUUCCAGGGUUUCUAUCUUCCACCUGCGAACGGGUCGCUUCUCACACCUGCCCGGAGGACAGACGGGGUCGUGCGGACCAUUGACCGGAUUUACCACGGAGGAGGGAAGGUGGGCUACCUGGUGUACCUGGAUGGGAGCCGGUUUCAGCUGGACAUGGAGCGGGACGAGUCGGUGCUGUCGCAUCACUUCAGCCCCCAGUAUGUGCUCGCUAUGAUGGGGGAGAGCCCUGCGCCUUUGCAGCGGGAAUGCGUGUACCGCGGGACAGUGGACUCCAACCCGGAAUCCCUGGCCGUCUUCAACCUCUGUGGAGGGGGUCUCGAGGGCUUCUUCGCCGUGAACCAUGCGCGCUACACCAUCACGCCUAUCAUCAGGGCGAAGGGACACGAGCACGACGUGCGCGCCCUGCAGGACAAGGACGUUGACAGCGCGCUCCACGUGUUCACGCGCGAGAGUUUCAGCUUCGAGGCCAUGCGCGAGGGGCGCGAGAGCUGCGGGACGCGCGACUGGCGUAGAGGACGCAGGGAUGCGGCGGGGAAACGCCGGCACAGAGGUCGCGGGAAGGGAAGACGGGACAAAGAGGGGCUCGCAGCGGAAAAAACAGAUGACCACGACGCGCGCGGGCGGAGAUGGUGGAGCCGGCUCGCCGAAGCGCCUGUUCCAGAGCCUGGCACGCGGCACAAGAGGUCGGUCUCUCGCGCCAGGCACGUGGAGCUGCUCCUGGUGGCCGACGACACCAUGACCAAGAAAUACGGCAAGGACUUAAACCACUAUCUGCUCACACUAGCAUCCAUCGCCUCCAAACUCUACGGGCACGCCAGCAUCGAGAACCCCAUCCGGCUGUCGGUGGUGAAAGUGACCACGGUCACUGAGAGGGAGAAGGGGCUCGAGGUGUCCAAGAACGCGGCGGCGACGCUGAAGAGCUUCUGUAAGUGGCAGAACCAACAAAACCCGCUGGACGACGACCACCAGCACCACCACGACGCCGCCAUCCUCUUCACCAGGCAGGACCUCUGUGGCCACCACUCCUGCGACACCCUGGGCAUGGCGGAUGUGGGCACCGUCUGCUCUCCGGAGAGAAGCUGCGCUGUCAUCGAGGAUGACGGGCUUCAUGCUGCGUUUACUGUCGCGCAUGAGAUAGGUCACUUGCUUGGCUUGUCCCAUGACGACUCCAAGUUCUGCGAGGAGCGUUUCGGGGUGAACAGCGACAAGCGGCUCAUGUCCUCCAUCCUCACCUCCAUAGACGCCUCCAAACCCUGGAGCCGCUGCACCUCGGCCACCAUCACUGACUUCUUUGACGAUGGCAACGCUGAGUGUCUCCUAGACUCUCCUCGCCAGCCCCUGUUGGGCCCCGAGGAGCUCCCAGGGCAGAGCUAUGACGCCGUCCGCCAGUGUCGCCUGGCUUUCGGCCCCGAGUACACGGUCUGCCCGGGCAUGGAUGUAUGUUCUCGGCUGUGGUGUGCCGUGAUUCGCCAGGGACAGAUGGUGUGUCUGACCAAGAAGCUGCCGGCCGUGGAAGGAACGCCCUGCGGAAAGGGACGCAUCUGCCUGCAGGGAAAGUGUGUGGACAAGACCCGCAAGAGACACUACUCGGCGUCCAAUCACGGCAGCUGGAGUUCCUGGGGUCCUUGGGGUGCGUGCUCCAGAACUUGCGGAGGCGGGGUGCAGUUCGCCCAGCGUCUGUGCAACAACCCGCCACCACGAAACAACGGACGCUACUGCACAGGGAAGAGAGCCAUCUAUCGGUCCUGCAACGUCUCACCAUGUCCUGCAUCAAAUAAGAGUUUCCGGCAGGAGCAAUGUGAGGUGCGCAACGGUCCCCAGACAGAUCCUAAAGGGGUGAAGACCUUUGUUGAGUGGGUGCCCAAGUACGCAGGAGUCCUCCCUAAAGAUGUGUGCAAGUUGACCUGUAGAGCAAAAGGAACAGGAUACUAUGUGGUGUUCUCUCAGAGGGUGGUAGACGGGACAGAGUGUCGUCCUUACAGCAGCUCGGUGUGUGUGAAAGGGAAAUGUGUACGGACAGGCUGUGACGACAUCAUUGGCUCCAAGCUCCAGUUUGACAAGUGUGGUAUAUGUGGAGGCGACAGCACAGGAUGUAUACGCGUUAUGGGCAACUUCACCAAGAAGAGUAAGGGCUACACUGAUGUGGUGAAGAUCCCUGCAGGCUCCACCCACAUCAAGGUUCGUCAGCACAAGGCCAAGGACCAGACCCACUACACCGCCUACCUGGCUCUCCGACGGCCAAACGGCGAGUACCUCCUAAACGGCAAGUUCAUGAUCUCCACCUCCGAGACAAUCAUCCCACUCAACGGUUCUGUGCUCAACUACAGCGGCUGGAGCCAAAGGGACGAGUGGCUUCACAGCAUGGGUCCCGGGGCCCUCCAAGAGGCCUUGGUGAUCCAGAUUCUAGCGACAGACGCUAAAAAGCCUCUGGAUGUCCGUUAUAGCUUCUUCAUGCCUCGCCGGACAGCCCCACAGAAGCCGUCAGCUCCGCUCAUCCCCAACCCAAAGUCGACCCCUGUGCAGAGCACUACAACAGUCUCAACCACGACGAGAACCACCUCCACCGCCAGUAGCACCACUACAUCUUCUUCCGCUCCCCCUGUCCUGGUCCCAGGGCCACCAACAGCUCCAGGUCCCUCCACCCCAACCCCAGGGCCCCAGUGGGUAACCGGGCCCUGGAUGACCUGCUCCAGGACUUGUGACACUGGUUGGCAGAGCCGGACAGUACAGUGUAAAGACCGGGACGGGAAACUGUCCAAGGGCUGCACGCUAGGUUCCCGCCCCUCCGCUUUCAAACAAUGUCUGGUGAAGAAAUGUUGAGGAGGCAGGAGAGGAAAAAUUAUUUGUAAGACAAGAAACAAUUCGUAGGAAGAAGUUUAAUAUGUACACAUCUGAUAAAGGUCUCAAGUGCUGGAUGUAGGAUUAUGGACCAAUGAAUUUAAGUCAUAGAACCUUAAACAGGACUGUGAAUGUUGGCUGAAAGUGCCUGGACCAGAUACACAGAGACUCAGAGACAGAUUGGCAUGGAUGUACUAUAUGCCAGAGGAAUGUCCUGGAAUUACAGUAGCUAUGCAGAGCAGAAGUAGGACGGAGGAUAGUUUUCGUAUGAUAGUGACAAGUAUGGCCCUGGCAUAGCUAAGGACUUAAAUUGCAUGUAAUUUCCACAUAGACAGUAACUGAUUGUCUUUACUUCAGUCUCCAAACCCUGGAGGCUUAGUGUGUUUUGCCCUGUAAUGGCAUGCGUGUCGUGUUUUUUUUUUUUUUUUAUGCUAUUCCAUGUGUUCUAAUCACUGUGGGGAUUUGGAAGUCGCACCCCUUUGUCUUUUGUCAUGAGUGUGUCCGAGACAAGAGCCCCAGCGAUGGGAAGCACUCCUUACUCAACCUUGUCGUCAUUUCUGCCCUUAUUGUAGCCCUGUCCCACGACCGUCAUACUACGUUCAACAGUCCUGGAUUGCCAUCUCCUGUAAUUUGGACACUUCGCUCACUGAGCGGCUCAUAAAAUUUGUUACAAGAAGAACUCACUAGAUGGUAGGCUAUCUUCGUGAAGAAAAAGCAUGAUUUACUCAGAACAAGAAAGGUCCCUUCUAUUAAAAACAAUUCAAACCAUGUAAAGUCAAAGAUUACACUGAUGUCUUUUUAAUGAAACAACUUGAGUGUGUCUCGGCAGCAGUGCUGUCAGUGGUGCUACUGAUGGUCAAAAGGUAUAUUACAGCAGUAUUAAUAAAAUGGUGGUCUCCUUAUCUUCUAAUUGCAUACCAAUAUUCUUCCUGUGACGAACUGUACGAGUUACAGGAGAUGGCGAUACGAUUGACAGUCCUGGAUCAGGGCUAAAAAUAUACCCCGACUAUAAGUUUCUGUGUCUUUAUUUUACUGAUCUGUCCAGCUGAAAACCAGAAAGGAGCACAAGGAGAGGGGAGGACUGAACAUAAACUACUUCCCAUAGUGAUGACCAUUGUGUCGAGAGCAUCCAAAAGCAAGCGUAAGCUUAUGAAUACAAUUUCCAAAUGAGGAUGCACGGGAGGGUGACUUCACGACCAACAAUGAGCGGGUAAACCCAGACAUUGGUGAACGGAUGGUGCAUUCCAUCUAAACAGCAGAGUAAUAUAGUACAUAGCUGGGAAACAAAUCAGUCAUUCUAGACUUGAACUGUUAAGUAUCAAUUGUACUGAAACUGAUCACCUGUACAGUGUAGAAACAGCAGCAUGGUUUGAUGGGAUGGAAAGGGAGCAUACAGUGGCCUUCAGAGGAUGAACUUUACAAGAGUUAAAUCGAUAAAGGGGCAAAGUAACCAUGACACUCCUUAACAUUUAUGGAGAUUAAUGAUGACUCAAUGGUUUGGGGCAAUUCUGGAUUUUUGAUGUGUGUUUGUGUAAUGUUUGUGUGUCUUUGUGUGCAUGUCAUGUGCUAGCACAUUCAUGUACCCAGGCCUGUGUUUUAAGCACAUGCAGUACGUACCGUGGACAUGUUUUUGUCCUCUACUGUGUCUUGAAGCUUCUUCACUCUCAGUUCCAUUUGUAUCAUUCAAUAUACUGGUACUGGGAGGUUUAUGGUCCUCAUAUUUUUUUGUGGCGGUCAUUAUCUGUUUGUUUGUCUGUUUAUCUGUUUAGGAAGCAAUGCUAAUAUGACAAUGUGUGCCCUGGAUACUCGCAACGACAGCAAGAGAGAUACUAAUGCAGUCAUUAAUGUCCUUUUGCAAUUCAACUGUUUCUUCUUCUUUUUUUCUUGUCAUGACUCUCUAUUUUACUACUUUGCAUCCUGUAUUUGCAAAUGAUUGUUUUAACCUGUUUCCAACCCUGAUGGGUGGUAUUUGCCACAUUACAACAAUGUAGAUAGUGCUACAGAAUGGAUGAAUUUCCCACUUACCUCUAGUGGAAUCUAGCCAUGCAGAUAGGCUUGGUUUUGCCCAAAUUUUGAGAUAUCCAUCUGGUGCCUCCACCCCAGCAGAUGAAUGGAAUUUCAUUUGUGGUGGUCACAGCAGAAAUGUGUAACUCCAGAAACAAUGCCUCGGUUACUCCAGACAAUCCACACACCUCACUGUCAACAAUGUCUUUGGAACUACUUUCUACUGAAGAAAUAGUCCCCACGUCUACUGGGAGAGACUGAUUCUGGAAAGUUGUGUUGUGGUUGAUUUAAAGAAAUAGUUUGAUAUUUUGGGAAAUACACUUGUUAGUUUCUUGCCAAGAAAUAGAUGAGAAGACUGAUACCACUCUCAUGUCUGUCCUUUUAAAUAUGAAGCAAGAGCCAGGAAAUGGUUAGCAUAGCUUAGCAUAAACACUGGAACCACGGGCAAACAGCCAGCCUUCCUCUGUCCAAAGUUUAAAAAUACAUGUACCAACACCUCUUCAGUUCACUAAUUAACACAUCAUAUCUUGUUUGUUUAAUCCGUACGAAAAUCUAAGUGUAAAAACUACAAUUUGCCACUGUUUCCAGUCUUAAUGCUAAGCUAACGGGCUGCUGCCUCUAGCUUCAUAUUGAACGGACAGAUAUGAGUGUGGUAUUAAUCUUCACAUCUAACUCAAGAAAGUGAAUAAAAAUAUUCCUUUAAGUGAAAAAAACAAAACUAUCUGCAUCACUAGAUACCACUAGGUUUAAGUGAGCUUUUUUGUAAUUUAGGUGAACUCACCUUUUAAAAUCUUCCACCAAAUAUCUUUGUGUGAAACGAAUGAAAAUGUACUGAGAACAUUACCUCAACUCUCCUGAAUGGUAAUCAUGCCCCAGCAUUACAAAGUACUGUUGAUUACACACCUAAUGGACUUUUAAAAUACCUUCCUGUAAUUGUGUUCAAAUUUCUGGCACCUUUUAAAUUUUCCUGUGUGGCAAACCCCACCCAUCUGGCACCUGUGCAGGAGAAAACAAACCACGAGAAACAUUUUCAGAUACUACAAGACCCAGGUCAACAUACCACUCACAUUAAUAUUCUCUCUUCCUCCCUCACACAUUCAGAUUUAUUUACACAAUGUAGACAUUUAAUACAAUGAAUAGAUCUUUCAUAUAUGCGUUAGUAUUCAAACAUAUUUACACAGAAAUGUACACGUACAGACACACACCAUUGAAACAAUCCAUCAUUUACAGAGUAUUUGAGUAUUUCAGAAACCCUCAUACACACUCCAUACAUACACACACACACACAAACUACUCUCACUCUUCCAGUGGGGAAACCCCUCUCGCUGAACGACAGAAACACAGCACUGAACUUGUAAUUUAUUGUUUGUACAACUGGUAUGUGUGAAUAAAAACACAACAAGAUGAGUUUUAUUUAUUAUAGUAAUUUUGUAUCAAAUUACUAUUUAAUUUAGGAAUAUGACUGUGCAGAAUCAUUCCUUUGUAAGAAUAUAGUGUUUCUUUUCUAGUCAUCCACAUGAAUAUAUGUACAUAAAAUCUAUAUAUUUAAA